AUGAUCGAAGGACCAGUGCUUUUGCAAUCCAGCAAUAAUAUGAUGACCCAUCAUCACUUUAGACUAGUCACUCCACCACGAGAGGCUGGUCGUCAAACUCCUCCCAGUCUCAAGAUCAACGACUUGUCGAUGAAAGAACGUGAAAUGGCGCUUCAAGAUUUGCAUGGAGUCUCUGACAUCCCCAAUGAAGAUGAAGUUUCUAUUCAGAAUGCCCUCAGAGAACUUCGAGGGGAACUGGACCUCCAAGAUUCCGUCGCUGCUGACGAUGAAGAGCUUGUCAAAUUUCUCAGAGCUGACUCAUUCGACAUUCUCAAGGCUGCAGCGAGAUUCAAUCGCUUUUCCGCCUUUCAACGAAAGCUCUUUGGCAAGCAAGACAGAACCAAAUAUUCGGAUUUGACCGAUGAAGAUGUCAAAUUUCUGCAAAGUGGAUUCAUGCAGCUACUCCCACAAAGAGACCGUGCUGGAAGAGCCAUCAUUAUGUGUCUUGGAUCUCUGAAGCAACAGUUGAAGACAUCACUUGAAUCAGAUCUCCGAUGUUUGUCAUUCCUUGCGUCCAAGGCCGCUGAAGAUGAGGACACUCAAAAGCGUGGCGUCGUUGUAAUCUACUAUGCCCUGGCACAAAAGGCAUACGAUGGUCGCAACAACCGACCCGUCCAAUGGCUCAAAGCCUUUGAAGCGUUGCCAACACGAGUUGUUGCCACCCACUUUUGUUAUGACAAUUCGGCCAUGAAGCCACUAUUAAAUCUACUUUCCAACCAUAUGGAUACCAAGAUGCUGUGCCGUUUCCGAAGUCACUCUGGCCAACAUGCUGAAUGCCAAUACAGCCUCAUGUCGUUUGGCAUACCCAAAGAGUGUCUUCCCAUUGAUGCCUUCGGUCAAGUCGAUCUUACCAACCACCAGAUGUUGCUCACGACAAUCGAACUUGAAGAACAGCAAAAGGAAAACCAACUGCUCAACGCCAGCAUGGCUCCAACGCAGCUAAUGGCACAAGUAGCUACCAUUGCUGGUGAGAAGUUCUUGAUCCCAGGUCAAAUGGACAUCAUCUUGGGAAGAGGACAACAUGCCAAGAACACUCCAGGGCACUCAUGUUUCACCCAACUCUUGGAAGCCCAUCAAGGUCGAUAUGAGUCUGCUGAGAAAUCUCAAAAGACUCGAGUUGCCGAUACGAUCUUGAAGGAGCUCAACUUGUACGGAUGCCGCUUCCUCAAACCACGUGUGGAGGGUGGAUGGCUGGAAGUUUCAGACGAUGCCGGUCGAGAGAAGAUCAACCAUGCCUUUCGCAAUCUAAGGAGUAAUGCAAAGAAGGCUACUUCAACGUCAAGGGCGUCAUCGCAAUCCUCAUCUUCUUCUCGAUCCAAAAAGAGAGCCUUGAAUGAUAUUGUGGAUUCUUGGAGCGUGCCUUCGGAUACCCUUGCACCGAUUCCAUUGCUUCCAUCAUCCUAUUCCCCUGCCACCAAGAAGCGAAGAGUGAACGAUGAUUCCGAUUCAGGAUUCGCUUUGGACCUUUUGUUGUCCACCGAGGCCUUUGCUCUCUAG